CCUGUCAGAGGGGGGGGGGGCAAGAGGAGGAAGCCAUUUUUGCUCCUCGGCGGCGUCUUAGUGCUUCGUUUUGAGGAAGUGAAACUCGAGGACGGCUGGCAGCUUUUAUUUUCUGUGUUUCAGAGACGUUUGCAUCAGCAGGAAGGAGAGGUCAGCUGCAGAUGUUUUCGUCCUCCAGGUGAAGUUUGACUUCAGGCCGGGUUCAAGAUGAGCGGCGAGCGAGUGCCGAGCCGAGCCGAGGUGACGGGGUGGAGCCCUCAGCAGCUGGCCGAUUACCUGAACCGGAUGAGUCUGAGCGGCUGUGAUAAAGUGGUGUUGAAGAACUCCAUCAGCGGCUCAAGAUUUGUGAAUCUGAGCGAAAACGAUUUGCAGAAAUUCCCCAAACUCUACGCUCCGAUGAUCACUAAGAUCAGCUCUCAGAUCAGCAAGAAGGAGGAGAAGAGGAGCCUGUUCGGGAUAAAACCGACCAAAUAUCAUGAACCAGAAGCAGCGGCUGAGGUUCAGGGUUGGGGUGCAGGCGAGUUUACGGAUGACGAGUUUGACGAUGACUACGAGGAUCCGGACAGUGGGGGGGAUGGGGGGGGCAGCGACUACGAGUCUCCGAUGGACGACGACGAUGAUGACGGAAACAACGACUACGAGCCCCCCCCCUCCGAGCCCUCCGAGAACAUGGCCCUCAAACUGGGCCCCCCCCGACCGCUGGAGGACACAAUCUACAUCGGGGAACCCAAAGACUGCUCUAAGUAUAAAGUGUGUGUGUGUGUGUGUGUGUGUGUGUGUGUGUGUAGGCAGCCAUGUUCCCUCAAGAGGCCCUGCCCCUGCUGUGUGUCCCCGCCCCCCCGCCGCCACCCUCUCCGUACCAUUCCUCCGGGGCCGCCGAAGAUCUUUCGAGCAAACAAACCGGGCCGAGACUCGGGACCCAACCCGUCCCCCGUCAGAGGACCUCAUCGCAACACAGUGGAAAAGCCGGGCACUAAUUCUUGGAGGCUUCAGCAGGACGACCCAGAUCCUCCAGCCUGGAACAAACCUGCAGUUCUUCCCCCGAACUCAACCUCCGUCAGUCGGAGCAACUCCUCCGCCAGACCUGCUGCCAACAGGUUUGACACGAGGAAAGAGCAAACACACACUGAAGCUCCUAAACACAACACCUUUCCCCUUCAAAAUAAAAGUCAACCCCCACGUCCUGGACUCCCCUCUCGCCCAGGAGACAGCCUGCCUCCCACUGUUCCCACUGCCGGCUCUCUGCCACACAAACUGCAAUCUGGCUUCGGAGGAUCAGACAGACAAUCGUUUCGUCCUACUCUACCUACAACAGCACACGUACAGGAUCUGGACCCGAGCUGGUACGUGGGUAAAGUGACCCGAGGUCAGGCGGAGGGAUGUCUGCAGCGAGUCAACAAGGACGGGGCCUACCUGGUGAGGGACAGCACUCGGCAGCUGGCCCAGCAGCCGUUCACUAUGAUGGUUUUGUUCCAGCAAAAGGUUUUCAACAUCCAGAUCCGAGAGCAGGGGGGGCACUUCCUGCUGGGGACCGGGCUCAAGGUCAAAGAGUCCUUCCCCUCGGUGAGCGACAUCAUCUCCCAUUACUCCCACUCCCCCCUGCUGCUGAUCGAUGCUAAGAACCGCGGCUCCGGCCAGCAGAACCAGUGCCUGCUGUCGGCCCCCGCUGGGCCCCACAUGGACCAGAACCACUGGAGCUGACCGGGACCAGAACCACUGGAGCUGACCGGGACCAGAACCACUGGAGCUGACCGGGACCAGAAUCAAGACGAGGGUCCAGAACACGAGGCCUCCUUCUCUUAUUCUGAACAUUUUCAAACUGCAGUUUAUUUAAAACAACGUGAUGGAACCAUCCUGUGAGUCAAUUAUUAAGAAUAAGGACUUAGUUUGUCAGAAUAAGGACUUAGUUUGUCAGAAUAAGGACUUAGUUUGUCAGAAUAAGGACUUAGUUUAUCAGAAUAAGGACUUAGUUUGUCAGAAUAAGGACUUAGUUUGUCAGAAUAAGGACUUAGUUUGUUAGAAUAAGGACUUAGUUUGUCAGAAUAAGGACUUAGUUUGUCAGAAUAAGGACUUAGUUUGUCAGAACAAAGACUUAGUUUGUCAGAAUAAGGACUUAGUUUGUCAGAAUAAGGACUUAGUUUAUCAGAAUAAGGACUUAGUUUGUCAGAAUAAGGACUUAGUUUGUUAGAAUAAGGACUUAGUUUGUCAGAAUAAGGACUUAGUUUGUCAGAAUAAGGACUUAGUUUGUCAGAACAAAGACUUAGUUUGUCAGAAUAAGGACUUAGUUUGUCAGAAUAAGGACUUAGUUUGUCAGAACAAAGACUUAGUUUGUCAGAACAAAGACUUAGUUUGUCAGAAUAAGGACUUAGUUUGUCAGAAUAAGGACUUAGUUUGUCAGAAUAAGGACUUAGUUUGUUAGAAUAAGGACUUAGUUUGUCAGAAUAAGGACUUAGUUUGUCAGAAUAAGGACUUAGUUUGUCAGAAUAAGGACUUAGUUUGUUAGAAUAAGGACUUAGUUUGUCAGAAUAAGGACUUAGUUUGUCAGAAUAAGGACUUAGUUUGUUAGAAUAAGGACUUAGUUUGUCAGAAUAAGGACUUAGUUUGUCAGAAUAAGGACUUAGUUUGUCAGAAUAAGGACUUAGUUUGUCCUCUUUAUAUGUGGUAGAGUUUCUCAGUAAAGACUUACAGGAUGUUUUGAUCAGGUCCAGAGCCAAGUCCUCCUCUCUGUUAUUUGUGUGUCGCUCUCUGUUCUGCAGUUUAAAUGCUUUCAUUAAAAACUCCUUCAAAGCCCCGGCCAUGGCGCAACUGGCUGGGGCACCUGCACCGUGCACCGUAAGCCGGCGACCCGGGUUCGAUUCCCGACCCGUGGUCUUUUCCGGAUCCCACCCCGACUCUCUCCCACUUUCCUGUCGCUCUCCACUGUCCGAUCCGAUUAAAGGCAAAAAGCCCCCAAAAAAAUCUUUAAAAAAGAAACUCCUUCAAACAGAAAAGCUCCGAAAUAUCUGUGAACAAUAAAUAAGUGUUGACCGAC